GAUUCAUAAAUGCCCUGAAAUGAAGACGUUUGUCCAACAAGAAGUAUCUGUGAGUACACCGAGUCUCGAAUUGCUGAACAAUGGUUAUAUGGUGAAAGUAGAUGAUAUGAAUAUAUGGACACAACAGAGGUUCAAUCCUAAGGAACAACAGGCCAGUCAAGGCACUACUGAUGGCUACCAAUCUGAAGUUAGUUAUGGUGACGAAUCUGAAGCUACUGAUGGCGACAAAUCUGAAGCUAGUGAUAACCAUGAAUCUGAAGCUACUGAUGGCAAUGAAUCUGAAGCUACCAACGGCGAUGAAUCUGAAGCUACCAAGUCUCAAAAGGGUGAACCGUGAUUUUGGGGUGAAAGUAGAUGAUCUCAAUAAAGUGAUACAGAAGGCAUUUAAUUGUAAGG